AAAAUGACCAGAUCUUUUACUAAUACUAGUUUUAUUUUUAUUAUUUCAUUUCCUCGACCUCGUACUUUCUAGUACGAGUUCGUUGUGCGAGUACAACGUGCAUCCAAGACGUGAAGUAAAGGCAUGCACCGUCCGACUCAAGACAGAAUCCUGACAAGAUGAUGAAGUUGUCUACAUCACCAUCCAGAAGCUAAUUGUUACAGCAUCUAGGGAAGAGGGGUUUCAUCAUCGUCUGAAUCAAUGUAUAACAGCUACAACUAGAGGAAUGAAGAUAACGAUUGUGUAGUUGAGAUCAAUAAGUAGAACAGUUUGUCGUGUAAGCAGAACUAUGUAAUUUGUCAUUUUUCCACCAUACGAGGAACAGAAAACGCGCAAGGCCCAUAUGAUUCGUUCCAUACGAGCCAUCACUUCAUCCUUCUUCGUACUUGAUGACAGUGGAUGAAGUGAUGGCUCGUAUGGAACGAAUCAUAUGGGCCUUGUGUGGGUGCAGGACGUUAUCCUCAUCGGUGGCUAAGUAAGCUGUUUUUCAUUGGGUAUCGGCGUUGCCGCUUCCGCUUGAAGUACACGUAGACCCUUAUCGAACAAAUUACCAUUUUAGUACCUUAUUUCACCUUUUCGGAAUUCCGAACCGACUAACAUCAUCAUUUUACCUUUUAAUCAUGAUCAUUAGAAGUCGUGAUGGCCAGUCAGCACAGUCGACGUAAAAAAUAUACUACUCUAAUUAGAUGAGACGUUGUAGAAGUACAAGUAGAUGGAUGCAUGUUGGGAGGCGCGACAGCGAUCCCGCGAGGGCCCGUCGAAUGAGAACCAAUCUUUCUAAAUGAAGAAAUGCACAUCACUCUUUUUUUGUGAAGAUUCUUCAGCUUCGUGAGAGUGAAAUUUGUGGGCUUUCUAUGUUUAACAAUAAUUUUAUCUACAACUACUAGACUACUUGCAUCAUAAUUUCAAUUUGCCCUGCCAGCCGCGCCAGAAAGUCGUGAUCUGUUCUACGUCUUAAGCACAUUUAUGUUGAUUCAACCUAUUUAUUGGAAAUUAUUCUACUCGUUGGAAAUUGAAAUUAUUCUACUGAUGACUCGUGUUCACGAAUCGUGAUGCUCAAAACCAUAUCUGAUAUAUCUGUCUCAGUGGUGGCUACCCAGUAUCUAUGCUUCAUCCGUAUCCGUUCCCGUAUCCGCUGUUGACGAAUUCUGAUGCUCGAUAUUGGACGAGGGCACUAACUAGUGUGGUAAUUGCCAUCAUUAUGCUGGUUGUGAAGGAAACGAUGAGAGCAGAAGGCGCACACCUUCACCGAGGUGGAAGCCCCUCGACUUUCUUGAUUCGCAUCAAGCGGAACAUUACUAAACGAGUACAGAUAUACAUAGACAUUUAUGAUGAGCAGGUCGUAAAAGCCGUCUAAAUGAUCUAAGUGAAAGAAAGAAAGCGGUCGAGCUGUUGCACACUCUAGAUCGAUCUACUUCCGACAAGAAGUGCUCGAGUCAACUACCUCCUGAUACUUACUCAUACUAGAAUUCUUCUUCUUGUUAACUUUCGAGGAGUAUGCUAGGGUAGAUUUUAAGAACGUAAACGUGUGGGCUAGAUUUAUAAAGUGAAAUAUAAUGAUAAGCUUCUACAACUAUCCAGAGUGUCGUGAUGAAGAUGAUUGUGAUGAAUGGAUUUGCAGCCAAAUUUGAGUGGAGCACCCGAGUCGUGUUGAUUCAGGUACAUCCGCAAAGAGGGAGCAGUAACCUACGCGCUGAGAACACUGAGCUAAAGCACUUGGAUAAUUGGAGGCCGCUCUGUUC